CCUCACUCCCACAACACUCACUCGCUUCAUCUUCCUCCUCUGCUGCAACGAUGGCGUCGCUGAUCCACCUCUUGCUCUGCUCCUCCUUGGCCAUGGCCAUGGCCGUAGCUGCCAACUUCUACCAGGACUUCGACCUCACCUGGGGCGACGGGCGCGCCAAGAUCCUGAACAAUGGCCAGCUGCUUACUCUGUCCCUCGAUCGCACGUCCGGCUCCGGCUUCCAGUCCAAGAAGGAGUUCCUCUUCGGCAAGAUCGACAUGCAGCUCAAGCUCGUGCCGGGGAACUCCGCUGGCACCGUCACUGCCUACUACUUGUCCUCUCAGGGGCCGACGCACGACGAGAUCGACUUCGAGUUCCUCGGCAACCUCACCGGAGAUCCCUACACCCUCCACACCAACGUGUACACGCAGGGGAAGGGGAACAGGGAAAUGCAGUUCAAGCUCUGGUUCGAUCCCACCAAGGACUUCCACGCCUACUCUGUUCUCUGGAACCCCAGACAUGUCAUCUUCAUGGUCGACGGCACACCGAUCAGGGACUUCAAGAACCUGGAAUCGAGAGGCAUCCCUUUCCCCAAGAACCAGCCGAUGAGAAUCUACUCGAGCCUGUGGAACGCCGACGACUGGGCCACCAGGGGCGGGUUGGUCAAGACCAACUGGAACAACGCCCCCUUCACCGCUUCCUAUAGGAACUUCAACGCCGACGCCUGCGUCUGGUCUUCCGGUAUCUCGAGCUGUGCUCCGAGGAACUCCAGCUCGGCCGUCCCCGCCGCCGCCAGAGGCUGGUGGAGCCAAGAGUUGGACACCCCCAGCCAGGACAGGAUGAGGUGGGUGCAGAAGAACUACAUGAUCUACCACUACUGCACUGACCUGAAGCGUUUCCCGCAGGGGUUUCCCCCAGAGUGCUCCAUGACGUAAGGGAGAAUGAGCUCUGUUCUUGGCACUAUCAUCUUUCUUCCUCAUGUUGCAGGGUUUCCUUCUUGUCAAUACCAGCAAACUCCAUGUAUAGACUUCUGUUCUGCGUCUACCGGAUUAGCAAUAAAGUGUGAUAUAUAGCAUCAUCAUA